AGGCUUCAACAACUGAUGAAAGUGGAGUGGUGUAGUGGCAACAACAAAUCAUUUAUCAUAGAACAAAUCAACCAAGUAUGUUUAAUUUUCAAUGAUUUAUUCACACUAAUGGAAUCGCCACAGUCAAUUGAUUUGAAAAAUGAAAGCAAUAGAUUAAGUACAUUUGCUGGUUGGCCAGUAUCAUUUAUCAUUAGUCCAAAAUGUUUAGCAGCUGCUGGAUUCUAUUACACCAAACAAACCGACAAAGUUAAAUGUGCUUUUUGUAAUAUUUGUAUUUGUCACUGGGAAUUUGGUGACAAUGCCGUCGAUGAACACAAACGUCACAAUCCAGACUGUAGCUUUAUCCUUAGUCAAGACUGUGGUAAUAUACCUAUUAUCGAAGGAAUUCAGUUGAGGGGAGAAUUUGUUGAAAAUCAUAAGGAAACUGGUGAACCAAUUGAUAUUCAAGGUUUGGGUGUUAGAGCUCAUAGAGUAGCUUUUCAUUUGAAGUAUAAUUCAUUCAGUGCUCGAUUAAAGUCAUUCAGAGGUUGGAAUAAUGAAUCACAAAAACCUGAAGACUUGGCUACUGCUGGAUUUUUUUUUACUGGUAGUAAUGAUGAAGUUCGCUGUUAUUACUGUGAUGGAGGUCUUCAAAAUUGGGAGGUAGCUGAUAAUUCAUGGGUUGAACACGCAAAAUGGUUUCCAAAUUGUGGUUUCUUAAAUUUAGUUAAAGGAGAAAAAUUCUUGGAUGGAAGUUUGGUGGAAAGAUUUAAUGCGCUUUUAAGUAGACCUAGGCCUGAAGAUUCAACAGAGGGACAAGUUGUUAGUAUACACCAAACGGAUAACAUUUCACCAUAUAAUAUGAGUUCUUCAACUAGAAGUAAUGAGACCACUGAUCGUCAAAUUAGCGAUCUUAUGCUAUUGCCUCCUGCACUAAUGGCAUUAGAGUUAGGCUUGCAACCAUCUCAGAUUCGACAAGCAAUUCGUAGUAAUCUGCAAGAUAUUGGCACACCUUUCCGUUCAAUGGAUAGUUUUAUGCAACAAGUUUUAAAUCAAGAUCAAAAUUCAUUUUUUUCUAAUGGAGAUACGUUGACUCUGGAACAAAUUAUUCAGAGAGAAGGAUCAAUGGACAGAAUAGAAAUUUCUCAUCGUCGUCUUGAUAAUGAUUAUGUCUACAACAUAUCUGAAGAAUCUAGUGAUUCUGAUGGAAGUGAUGAAAUAUAUAUUGAGUCAGAAAAUGAUUUAGAAGAAGAUGAACCAAUCUCUGAACCUCAAGAGCAAAAUUUAACAAAUAGUCAAAAUGAAAGUGAUGUUCUUGAUACAAAUGAAUCUGUGUUUGUAGCUAACAGUAUUCAAUCCAAUCAAUCGAAUGAUAUUCAAAUUAAAGAAGAAGCUAAUGUACCAAGUAACGAAUCUGCAAAUAUAAAAUCAUCUCAUUCUGAUUUAGAAGAAGAAAACCGUCGUUUGAAAGAAGCCCGCCUUUGUAAAAUUUGUCUCGAUCAAGAAUUGGGUGUUGUUAUGUUACCUUGUGCUCAUUUAGUUGCAUGCAUCACUUGUGCUUCUAGUCUACCAGACUGUCCAUUAUGUCGACAGACCAUCAAGGCUACUGUUCGUACAUUCCUUUCUUAAAGAUUAAUAUUAUAUUUACAAAUUUUUACUUUUCACUUAAUUCACAUUUGUUGGACAUAUUAAUACAUAACAAAUUUGAUGUAUAGAUUGCCUGUUGCUAUUUAUAUAUAUAUAUAUUUAUGUUAACCUUUACUAUAAGAAAAAAAUAGAAAUUUGGUGAGAAUUUCAAAUAUAUUAAUGUUUGGUGUGGCUGUCAAUUUUGCUAUACUUUAAAUUAUAAUUAAUAGGAAAUUUGUAUUCUGUUGGAAUAUUUAAAUUUAGGUAGAAAAAUGUAUUGUUUUAAAUAGUAUACAAAAUUGUUUUUUCUUAAAUAUUUUUUAAAAAAAAAACUGAAAAUUGAUUAAAAAUAGUUCUGUAUAUUUAACUUGUACUCAUUCUUACAUUUAGAUUAUUUUUAUAUUUUGUGUAAUGUGUAUGAUAAAUAGGUAUGUAGCUUCCAUAUCAAAUGCUUUUAUCAAAAACUUUGAGUGCUAAAUUGCAGACACUUCUUACAGAAUGUAAAGAAAAUAUUUUUAUGAUUACAAGCAUAUUAUAUAAAUAAACAUUAAUAAUAAAAUGUAUGAUGGUGUAAAUUAUAUUGUUAUGCUAAAAGUAUAAUAACUAAACAGUUAAGUCAUUAAAACUUAAUAAAGUUACUUAUUAGAUAGUAUGUACAUAGUGAUUAAUUUUAGUUGUUUUAAUAAUAUGUAAUGUUUAAUAUGUUAUUUAUUGUUUUUAGUAAUUUUAAUCAUUAUUUCUUUAGCUUUUAUUUAAUUUUCCAAUCAUAUGUAAAAGAAACAGCCAUCUGUUGAAUAAAUUAAACAAUAAACAGCUGCCUGAGUAAUAGUGGAGAUCUUUGCUUAGGUUGUUAUAACUUUUAGUCUCUAUAGUAAAAAAUAUUCAAAGUUUUCCAAAAAUUAUUCAGUGCCGAAACAAAUAUA